AGAGGAGGAGAUUCAUUCGGAAGCAGCGACGCCCUCAGCUGAUCCUCCUCACUGAACUUGUUUUCAUCGGUUCGAUCAGAGUUCAGUUUACUGACCCGGACCAGAACCGUCCUCCGAAUCCACGGCGAGCUUCUAACCAGGAGGAGGGGGAGGAGCUCUAUGGAAACGUCCCCACCUCUGGACGUGAGCUGGAUGUGAGCUGGACAUCCAGAGCCAGAGGGGAACAUGGGCAACAGCGCGCUGAAGUCUCACCUGGAGACCUCCCAGAAAACGGGAGUGUUUCAGCUGACGGCCAAAGGCCUGCAGGAGUUUCCAGAGGAGCUCCAGAGGCUCACUGCCAACCUGAGGACGGUGGAUCUGUCCGGGAAUAAGAUCGAGGUUCUCCCGGCCUCAGUCGGAAACUUCCUGCAGCUGAAAAGCCUGACGCUGAACUCCAACAAGCUGACUGGCCUUCCUGCAGAGAUUGGCAAGCUGAAGAAGCUUGAGACCCUGAGCUUGAAUGGGAAUCAGAUCCAGCAGCUGCCCCCCACCUUGGGUCAGCUCAAGGCCCUGAGGACCCUGAACCUGUCUGGGAACCAGUUCACCGAGUUCCCAGCAGGCCUGGGAACGCUGAGGCAGCUGGACCUGCUGGAUUUGUCCAGAAACAGGAUUCAGAGCGUCCCAGCAGCCGUCUUAGAGCUGCAGGCCAUCGAGAUCAACCUCAACCAAAACCAGAUCUCAGUGCUGUCAGCAGAAGUGUCCCGCUGUCCCCGUCUCAAAGUUCUGCGUCUGGAGGAGAACUGUCUGGAACUGUCCUCCAUUCCUGAGUCCAUCCUGACCGAGUCCCAGGUGUCCCUGUUCUCCGUGGAGGGAAACCUGUUCGAGGUGAAGAAGCUCAGAGAGCUGGAGGGAUAUGAAAAGUACAUGGAGCGUUUCACUGCCACCAAGAAGAAGUUCACCUGAAUCCCCGCUACCAUGACGACUCUAGACUUGGCGUCGGUCUGUAACCCACCAUACCUCCCACCCCCAUCCUGCACCAGCCGGACCUUCUUAUUGGUCUGCAGCGAGGUGCUUCCUGCAGCACUCCACACAGACACCGGACCUGCUGACACACGGAGACGGACGAUGACGGCGAGGCAGGCUCAAUACGACCCCCUUGAGAUCCAGAGCGGCUUUUUAACCAGGAUUUGCCUCCAGGCUUUAGUGUUCACUAAGCGGUGAGCGACAUGCACGUGAUGUCACGCACUUUCACAAGUCCUGAUCUCGAUGCAGAAGAGGAGAAAACAAAAAAACCAGCAGGUUUUUUUAAUCAGAGUUUUUCUCUGCAUGUUGAGACUCUGGCCCUGUGGCAGAGCUCAGGAGGCUCCGGACAUGUUGGACGCUUCACGGCUGUUUUUGUCUUGCAUGAGGUCUGGUGGCUUUAUAGUGCAGCUGCUCAGUGUGGCAUCACGUCGUACUCACCCUUUAGCAAAAACAUUAAACCGCUCCACCCCCCCCCUCUCAUGCCUUGCAGUUUUAUUUAAUCGCCACCAUCUUUAGCGCGUCCCACCAUGUGACCCCGUGAAGCUCCACCCAGCAGUGUGUGGACUCUAAAUCCUUUCUUCUUUUAGGGAGCGUUUGUGUUGCUUCUUAUUAUCCGGCAGACGUAAACAUGUAAUGUAAUGUGCAAACAGUCGAGCUGUGUUUGAGUCUCUGAACCAGACUUCUUCUGUGUCAGCUGAGUUCCUCCCACCAUCCAUAAAUUAAUAAUUCCAUGGAUUUUUUCAUAUUUUCUCAUCGGCUAUGUAUUUAUAUUUGAUAAUCCGGUUAUACAAAGACACUUCAUCAUGUAUUACAAUGAUUUAAAUCACUUUAGUUUUGGAGAAUCCCACAUCACAGGUUCCCCAAUGCUGUUGCUUAUUAAACAAAGAUGAUGAAAUAAUGUGAAAAGCAAUGAGGGGAAAACUGCAUUGAGCACAAAAAUCCCGGAUUCGUCCAGAUCAGUGCAAAAGUUUUCAUACUCCCUGGACUUUUCCACUUUACAGCCUCAACCCUCAGUGUAUUUCAGAAGAAGUGUGAUCGACCAAUCAGCUCACAGCAUGAGGAGAAUGCUGCAGGUCUCCCAGCAGACGGAGACAUUAUCUCUGUUUCAGUCAAAUCAAACAGCACUCCACAAAUUCUGUUUGAUUUUGACCUUUGACUAGGCCAUUCUAGCAUAUGCAUGCAGUUUGAUCUAAAUUGGCUCUGAUUGCAUGUGAAGGUGAACCUCCACCUCACUCUGCUAACCCUGCUUUUUAACUUCUCCAGAACUUCCUCCCUGAGCUGCUGCUGGGUUGCUGCGUCUCCACGAUGCUGCUCGUUCUCUAAUGCUCUCUAACAAACCCAGCAGCUGCAUCCAGACUCAGAUUUUAUUGCACAAAUCUGGACUCUUGUGUACAAUUAGGCGACUUCUGAAUGAAACUGGUUGUGCUGGAAUUUAUUUAGGGACUGAAGAGUUCUGCAUGUCUUUUUAGAGUUGUGGUUGCGAAGGACUUUGUGAACCGUGCCACCGUUUUCCUCCGACUCCACAGGUUUGCACUGCUCUCUGUUUGUUCAUUCACAAUAAAACGUAUUAAUGGAACGGAACUAAAAGUGGAAAAGUUGUACGUGAAACGGCCUGUGGAAGCUUUUUCAAAGUGUGUACUUCCGUUUUACCAUGACUGUUAGUAACUAAGACACUAAGCAGGUGUUUUCACUUACCUUUAUUACUUUAAAAUAAUCAACUGAAGUGAUAUUCUGUUAAAGCCAGGAUGUGUCGGUGUUUGCUCUGUAAUUGUGUUUAAACAGAUGCAUUCUGUACUCUGCUGCUGAAACAAACAGGUGGAGUGAAGGAGUGGCUCUCCAGCAUGUCCAGGGAAAUUUGUCUAUAAUCUUUUUUUUUUUUCUUGUCUUUAAUUAAAGCAGAUGCUCAACAAGUCA